AUGCAAGGCUGGGGUGUGCGUGGCACCUUCUACAUGUUGACCACUCUCGUCAGCAUCUCUUUGGCGACCGCUCUUCCAACACAAUUCAAUCAAUUUAGAAACACUACCACCUCCACCGCAAACAGCUUGAACAGCCUCACCAACAUGACGUCUCCGGGAGCCCUCCACCGCACUUUUGCAAACAUGGGAUACUGGCCAGCCUGGCAGGAUUUUGACCCAAAAGGCACAAAAACAGACUCGCUGACGGAUGUCAACUAUGCAUUCGCCUCGAUCGACGCUAAUGGUAGCCUGCAUCUGGGUAACGAUUCGGGACUUCGCUCGUGGGUUCAACAGAAGAAGCACUCUCCGAAUCUCAGAGUUCAUCUAGCUGUCUGA